CGAACGAACCCGGUCGGAGAAGCGAAACGUUUCGGUUCGCGAUUAGGAAGGAAGCAUGAGCUGGGAAUCGAGCAAUGAGACUGUUCUCGACAACGGUAAUUACGUGCUGAACACGUUGCAUUAUAUCAACAAAUUGAACGAGUCCGUGAACCCAAAAGCGAUCGAGUGUCUGGAACGUAAGCAUCAGGAGGAGUUGCGAAGGUUGUCUUUAGGGAUAUUGGAGGAGGAUCAACAGGGGUGUGAGAUCAGUUGGGACUCUUUAUUGUGCUGGCCGAGGACACCUCCUGGAACAUUGGUCACGUUACCCUGUUUCGAUGAAUUGAAUGGAAUCCGCUACGACAGCACCCAGAACGCGAGUCGUUGGUGCAGGAUAGACGGUAUCUGGAGCAACUAUAGCAACUAUAGCCUCUGUCGAAAUCUUCGCGAGCCAGCGAUCGAGGGCGGUGCAGAGGUUAUCUCGACGACUAUAUAUUUCGUCGGUUAUAGCAUUUCGUUGAUCACCCUGAUCAUCGCUGUCUCCAUUUUUCUGUAUUGCAAGGAACUCAGGUGCAUUAGGAACAACAUACACACAAACUUGAUGUUCACCUACAUCCUCGCAGACUUUAUGUGGAUUCUAAACAACGUGAUGCAGGUCUCGAUGCAACCCGACGUACCGACUUGCGUCGCUUUCCUGUCACUGUUUCAUUAUUUCCAACUGACCAAUUACUUCUGGAUGUUCGUCGAAGGUCUCUAUCUAUACCUGUUGGUCGUAAAGACUUUCACGGGCGACAAUAUCAAGUUGAGGCUGUGUCUUAUUAUAGGCUGGGGUAUACCGGUUCUGUUUAUCACCAUGUGGUGCAUCGCCAAAUCACUGGACCAGAGCGCAACGAGUCAGGAUAUUGCGCUAGGCAAACAUUGUCCCUGGAUGGUAUCGCAUGCUUAUGACUGGUUUUACCAAGCCCCAGCUAUUUUGGUUCUCUGCGUGAACGUGGUGUUUCUCUUUAUGAUAAUGUGGGUGCUGAUAACGAAGCUCUGGUCCGCGACGAACGUGGAAACUCAGCAAUACAGAAAAGCGAGCAAAGCAUUGCUGGUUCUGAUACCGCUCCUCGGAGUGACUUACGUCUUGGUGCUAACAGGACCCACCGAGGGUCAGGUUGCUAAUGCAUUCUCCUACGCUCGAGCUGUGUUACUUUCUUCCCAGGGACUAUUCGUCGCAUUGUUUUACUGUUUCCUGAAUACCGAGGUACGAAACACGGUGAAAAGCCACAUCGAACGUUGGACCACAGCCCGCGAUCUGGACACAGAAAGAAGGUAUUAUAACAAUUGGUCUCCCCGUUCAAGAACAGAGAGUAUAAGAUUAUACUGUCCACCAUCGAAUCCAUACAGAAAAAGGGAUUCAUCUGUAAGCGAGACGACGACCACAACCGUUGUUGGAUUAAACUCGACGACCACAUUUCUAGAUAAAUCGAAGAAGGCGAUCUCGGAGGAUAUGAACGAAUAAGAAUGAUUUUGAUUAAAGGAAUUUCGUUGAAGAAUCGAUUAAUCGUUGAAAAAUAUUUCAAGCUGCAUGCACUUGAAAAAGAGACACUCGAAAACUGAAUCAACAUCUAAAAGAAUAACUCUAUUUUAUUUCUUUAUAUUUCGUAUAAAUCGUUGACUCUUUUUUUAAUCUGAUAUUUGGAGAGUGAAAUGCCUAUCUGAUGAGAUGGGAAAUCGUUGUUUAUUAUUUAAAAAAAUAUGUUUGCGAAUUUUUCAUAGUUAUAGGGAGGAAUAUGGAUUAGAAAGUGAAUUAAUUAUUGUGAAUGUUAUAAACGAUGAAAGCAAGAGGGAAUGAUAACUGAAGGAGAAAAAGAUUGAAGAUAUAUAUCUUGUUAAAGAAUUGUUUAUGAAAGAAUCGAAAAAAAAAAUGUGAAAAUAUUUAUUUAUUAAUUUACUAUAGCUUAUGCUAUAUGUACGUGCCUGCUUUUUGAUAUUUUCAUUUUCUCUCAUUUUCAGUUAGAACUAAUUUUUACUAGAUUCUUGAAUCAUUUUUCUUUUUUGCCUUGUUUUACAUAUAAUCA